CAUUAAGUCUGUAAAAUAGGUAUCUUUAAACUUUUCUGUGGUGCCGUCUUUUAUCAUAAGUUCAGUUGUUUUUUGUUGUUAUUAUUUGGUAAUUUCUUAUGUGAUUAAUUCACUAGGAUUUGGAUAACAUAAAUCUAUGGUCUGAAUGUGAUCUAUUAUUUAAAGUGAUUAGUUGAGUUAAUAAACUUUAACUGCACGAUCAACUGAUGAAUGUCUAUCAGCCCAAAAAUCAAAAAUGGGCUUUGAAAUCAAAAGGUUUCAAGGUGACGUCGAUGAAGAACUCAUUUGUCCUAUCUGCUCUGGAGUUUUAGAGGACCCUUUGCAGGCACCUGCUUGCGAGCACGCUUUUUGUCGAGCCUGCAUAAAUGAAUGGAUAAGUCGUCAGCCCACUUGUCCAGUAGACCGGCAGGCAGUGACCGCUAGCCAACUUAGACCAGUUCCGAGAAUACUGCGUAACCUACUUUCCAGAUUAUGUACCAGCUGUGAUAAUGCACCUCACGGAUGCAAUGCUGUGUUAAAACUAGAUUCUCUGGCUUCACAUUUAGUUGAAUGUGAAUUUAACCCCAAACGGCCAAUGCCAUGUGAAGCAGGCUGUGGCUUGGUAAUACCAAAAGAUGAGCUGGCAGAACACAAUUGUGUCCGUGAGCUUCGUGCUCUCAUUGCCACUCAGCAGAGCAAGCUUAUUGACUAUCAGCAAGAGCUUGCAGAGCAACGUCUUAUUAUCAAUGAACAUAAAAGAGAGUUGGCAUUGCUUAAAGAAUUCAUGCGUGCGAUGCGUGUAUCAAAUCCGACGAUGCGUGCUCUCGCAGAUCAGAUGGAGCGUGAGGAAGUUAUCCGCUGGGCAAAUUCACUUACACGAGCACGAGUCACGCGUUGGGGUGGCAUGAUAUCCACGCCCGAUGACGUCCUGCAGGUGAUGAUGAUCAAGAGAAGUUUGUCAGAGUCCGGCUGCCCACCACACAUCAUUGACGACUUGAUGGAGAACUGUCACGAACGACGAUGGCCGCCUGGCUUGUCUUCUCUAGAAACAAGGCAAAAUAAUAGAAGGUUAUACGAGAAAUAUAUUUGCAAACGAGUGCCUGGGAAGCAAGCUGUGCUUGUGCUGCAAUGUGACAAUACUCAUGUUGAUGAACACAUGAUGGUGGAACCUGGACUUGUAAUGAUAUUUGCUCAUGGUAUUGAAUAACAAGAAUUACGAACUUUUUGAGUGCUAUCAACUUUUUAUUCUUAUAUAUUGGUAUUAAUGUGAUCUAUAAUAAUUUAUUGGCUUUCCGAUUGAAAUAAGAUUAACACAUGACUGCAGUCAUACAAAUGAUGUUUCUUAUUUAGAAUAUAAUUACCAAUAUGAUAUGGUACAACAUUAAUAAUUACUUAGCGAUGGAUGUGUUAUUGAAGUAAAAGCACGAUUGUGUAUUUCUUCUGUAAUCUUUCUUUUUUUACAUAAAUCAAUUUUAUGAAACAUUCCUGAGAUAUACAAACUGCUUCAUUAGAUUCUUAAGGAUUGUCAGAAUUUUGUAUUACUUUAGUUUAGUGACUGAGUGCUGUGUUAUGUUAGAAAAAUCGUUUAAUUGUGCUGUAACAUUAUAUUUAUAUAAUUUGCUUUUCGUUGAAAAUUGUCUCUGAGAAUGAUUAUAGUUUUAUAUCAUUUUUUUUUCCAAAAUAGUGCAUAUUGUGAUAUUACCGACAACUACAUAUUUUCCCAUUUUAUAUUCGCAGUAUAAUGUUGGCUAAAUUAAAUACUUUUUAAAUA